UGUCAAACUACUUCACUUGACGCGAGAUGGAUCCUCUGUGUUUGAUUCAUGACAUUGUUGGUGAUAUUUGUUAAUUAGCCGUCUUCUGUAGUGUUUCACAGUUUAGUGUCCCUUUCGUGUCACAACAAUGGACUCUAACAUCAUGGAGAUAAUAGAGGAAUUCAUGGAAAGUGCGUUGGCGCAAUGGGUUCAACUGUUUGAGAAGAUGGUUGAGAGUCAGGACGGCCUCCCGCUCUACAGCCAGUACAUGGAAGUAAACUCAAUUUCCCAGAGUGCCCGGGAUCGUUACAUGAGGCUGACCAAUGGGAUUUUCCUCAAUGAGAUCAUGAGGGUCAUAGACCCAAACCCCAAGGUGGAGAGGCUGUACGACAGCGGGAGAGAUGAUCACAUGCUGAGAGUCCAGAACUUUUCCAUUUUAAACCGACACAUCAGAGCCUUCUACCAGGAAGACCUGCAGCAGUUGAUACUGAUGCCUCUCCCAAAUGUCGCCAUUCUGGGUCAGGACCCCCUGACAGAGGCAGCCGUGGAAGAGCUCAGGCGACUGCUGCUGCUCUUACUAGGAUGUGCAGUGCAGUGUGAAGAGAAGGAGACGUUCAUUCAGCAGAUCCAGUCUCUGGACAUUGAGACUCAGGCAGCCAUAGCCAGCUGUAUCCAGCAGGUGACUCAGGACCCUCGCAUGGUGCUGCCGCUGAGGUGGGAGGAGCUGGUGGAGGUUGAAGGUGCGGACUUACAGCUGGCGUUCAGCUCCAUGGCUAAACAGAUCCAAAGCUUGCUGGCACAGAGAGACACACACCUGGAGAGGAUAGCAGAGCUGUGUCGGGAGCGGGAGGCCCAGUCUGACUCAACCAUGGUGCCUCUGGGUGGUCACAGCGAGGAGCCACCCCAAGGUCUGGCACUCCAGCUGGCGCACAGCAAGGCCAAACUCAGGCGCCUUAAACAACAACUGGAAGAUAAAGGUGAUCAGAUAUUGGAUUAUAACCUGGAGAUUCAAACCAUGGAGGAACAGAUCAAGAAACUUCAGAAAGAGAACCGCUCUCUGCAGGGUGAGGUGAGGGGCAUGCGUGCACUGCGGGAUGAGCUGGACUGCGCCCGAGAGCGAGCUGCGCGGGCCGAGCAGCUCCAGACUGAGCUCCAGAGCUGUAAACACAGAUUGCGCAGCCUGGAGCUCACACGCACUCAGCUGAAGGAACAGCAGCAACUGUGUGCAGCGCUGCAGGAGACCAAAGUUCUUCUGGAAGAGCAGCUGGCAGACGCACGAGCGCGCUGCUCCUCGAUAAGGGAGCUCGAGAGGGACAAUCUUCUGCUGCGUCAGAGAAUCACAAACGUAGAAGCGGAGCGAGACACCGAGAGGCAGCGAGUUGAUGAGCUGCUGGAGAUGAACAUGAGCCUUGAGGCGGACCUGAGGCACAGCAGCAGCAGUGGCAGCGUUCCUGCUCCAGUCGCUGUGGUUCACCACCGUUUCCUCCAAUCAGAACUGGACUCUGACGAGGAGCUGAGCGAGCUGAUUGAUCAGAAGCCGCUGAGUGUGGAGGUUGGCGAGGCUUCGACGCUGAUGCUGCUGGGAGCUGAGCAGGAGAACGCAGAGCUUAGGAGACGACUGGAGGAGCUGCAGGCCCAGCAAGAGGCUGAUUCUCCAGAUGCAAAGGAUGAGCUGGCUUGCCUGGAGAUGGAGCAUCAGAACACACUCAGAGAGUUUCAAAACCUGAAGAAUGAAAAUGCCACUUUGAAGCAGCACCUGGAGCAGCUGUUGACCAAACUGCAACUCCAUGAAGACAAGAAGGAGGAGAAAGAAGUGAAGACGCCUGACAGAGAGGGAGAGGAGGAAGUGGAAAGAGGCGUGCAGGGCUCUGAAUCCUGCAGGGGAGAGGGGGAAGGAAGGGUGAGGCUGAUGGGGCUGAGGGAGAGAAGAGGAGAAGUCAUUGGUACCCAGAGGGAAGCAGGAGUUGGGGAAGAGGUCCUCCAUAUUGAAGGGAGAAAAGGAGAUGAUGAGGAGGCUGAGUCCAAGAGGAGAGGAGAGGCAGAGGGAGGGCAGAAAGACAAAGAGAAGAAGGAGAAAGAAAGAAAAAUACAGAUAGAACAGACCUCAGUAACAACUGACAUCCAAAAUCAUCAAAAAGGUGUAGAAGAUGAUCCAGAGACGACAGCUGCAGACCAGGCUGUUUGUUCCCUGUCUGGUCCUGAUGUGGAGCUUCUAACAAACCAACUCCGGGAAGCCCAGGAGGAGGCUGACAGACAAGCGACGGUGGCCCAGGACCUGCGCGCCAAGCUCGGGGAGCAGAGCAGGAAAACCUGGGAGGCUGAACAGAGACUGGUGGUCCUGGAGGCCGAGCUGCAGCGUCUGAAGAAAGCUGCAGAGAGUCUGGGAGACGCCCGCAGGCAGAUAGAGGUUCUUCAGUCGGAGGGUCUGGCGAUGGAGGAGGAGCUGUGCCGCCUGCGCAGCCAAGCGGAGCUCCACAGGAUGCAGACCACAGUCAUCGCCACCCUGGAGGGAGAGCGGGCCACACUGGAGAGAGACAGGGACACACUACGCAGCACCAUGGAGGCCCUGCGCACCGCCCAGCGCAAGAGUGACCAGUUGGAGCUCACCACGCAGACCCUCAGGGCAGAGGUGGAACGACAAGGUCGAAGUUUGGAGACAUCUCGUCGUCGGGAGGAAGAGUUGGAGGCAGAGCUCCGUGAAGCCACUGUGGAGGCCGAAUCUCUGGUCAGGGCGCGAGACCAGGCCCUGCUGGAGGCGUCGAGGCUGGAGCAGGAGAAGGAGGUGUGUCAGUCGGAGCUGGAUGACCAGCGGAAGGAGGGGAGGCAGAGAGAGAGAGAGGCAGCGAGGCUGAGGCAGCAGCUGGAGAGCACGACCCUUGCCCUGGAGCAUAGCAACCAGAGAGCUCGGGCUCUGGACGCUGAACACAGACGUGUGGGUCAGCAGCUGUCUGAAUCAAAGGAGCUCUGCACUCGGCUGCAGGACCUGGAGAAAGAGCUCAGCACUCGAUUAACCAACGUGGAGGAGGGUAAACAGCAGCUGCAGGAGCAGUACGCAGAUGCUCAGGCCAAGAUCAGCUCACUGUCCCAGGACCUAACCAAUGAGCAGGCGCGCUCUCAGAAGCUGUCGACAGAUGUCGAACGUCUGAGCCACAAACUUCAAAAAGCUGAGGCUCAACUAAAGACGACAACCGAUUCUCUCAACCAAUCACAGGAAAGAAUUGCGUCGCUCUCCCAGUGCCUCAAGAAAAGUGAAUCUGUUCUCCAAAAGAAGGAUGCUACAUCUAAUUCAAAUUCAGACUCCCCAAAUGAAACACAAAUUUGUGAGAUGCACACCCAGAAGGCAUCACAUCUGGAUCAAUCCCCCGCAGCUGGCAAAGGUCGUGACCUUUCCGUGACCCACGAUGAUGCCACAGGAGAGACGGAGAGGCAUCUGAGUGAGAGGUUGAUAGAGCUGGAAAGAGAGAAAGCGGUGGUGGUUGCAGGACAGGAGGCUUUGCUGUCGCGGCUGUCUCAGUCCCAUGAGGCGUGUGAGCACCUGAAGGAGCAGCUGGAAGCUCUGCGCCGACACUCCCUCAGCCUGCAGGACUCGUGCACCAGCCUACAGACACUCAACACCCAACUACAGGUGGAGCAAGCUUCCCUGAGCUCCCAGCAUGCAGCAGUGCUGGCACGCAGCAGUGAGAGCGAGGCCCGUUGUGCGGCUCUGGAGGCUGAGUCCAAGGUGUGGGCGCGGGAGCGGGAGGAGUCUGUGGCCAGGAUGGAGGCUCUGAGGCGGGACCACGAGCGGAUGACGGCUCUGCAGCAGCGGCAGGAGGUGGAGCUAGAGGAGCUGCUGGACAAGCACUCGCAGCUGAGGAGCAACAACCGCAGCCUGGAGGCCCAGCACAGGGAGCUGGAGGCCAGGUACAAGGAGCUCCUGGAUGGUAAAACCCAGCUGGAGGAGAGAGAGCGGGAGAUGAAGAUGGAGAGAGAGGAGAUGGAAGCAGAGGCCCAGAGGAGAGUGGUGAGAGAACGAGAGCUGGAGAGGCUGAAAGACGACAACGAGAGGCUGCAGGCCCAGCAGAAGGAGUGGUUGGCGUCACAGGCGGAGCUGCUGGCUCAGGGCACAGUGCUGAGGGGGGAGCUGAGCGCCUCCCAGCUGGAACGGACAAGACUGGAGGGGGAGCUCAGCGCACUGAGAGAAACCAACCAGAGCCUGGACCUCAGCAGCGCCCGCCUCACCAGCCAGUACCAGCUGUUGACCCAACUGAAGGGGAACAUGGAGGAGGAGAACCGCCAGUUAGCAGAGCAGAACCAGAGUCUACUGAAGGAGAACCGGGCCUUACUGGAGCAAAGCCUGGAGCGCCGUGACCAGCACUACUCACAGCAGAGGGAGUACCAGGAGAAGCUGAGCGAGCUCCGUCGGGAGAAGCAGAAAUUGGUGGAGAAGAUUAUGGAUCAGUAUAGAGUCCUCGAGCCCAGCAUGCAACCUUCAGCCAGCAAAGCCAAGAAAUCUAACUGGAUUGCAGACAGGAUGAAGAAGCUAAUCAAACCCCGGGGAGUAGGAAAAGAGGGACGUGCCCUCUUCACCGCCGCAGGCAGCGUGGAAAACCUGGCCGACAGCACUGAAUUUACAUCAGACGCGCACACACCUCACCCUGACCCCCGCAGUGCUCCAGUCUCUCCUUCUCCCAUGAGAAAAGCUCCAUCCCAGGCAGAGCUUGACAUCUCAGCUCCUGGGACUCCGGCCAUGCGCUCCGGCUCCGGGGGCCGUCGUAAACUGGGAUCCCGUCACGGCUGGGGGCUCGGGUUGGCCAAAGGAGGCUCUGGAGUCUCCCAAUCCUUCAGUCCUGGUGAUCACAAAACACCGCCCCGCCUGCGGCUGCGCUCCAACCCGCACACCCCCACUGUCCUCUGGGAGGGACAGAGAGGCGAAACAAACACACCCCAGGCAGCAGACGCACCGUUGAGCAGUCAGGAGAGUGUCGAGGAGGAUGAAGGCAGAGAUAAUCAACAAUCCAGUAAUGACACCGCAAAAACCUGAGACAGAAGUCGACUCUCAAUUAAAAAAAGAGAAAACAACAACUUUUUUUUAUUAUGUGCUCCUGGCAAACUGUCUAGCCAGUUUUUGAUGGAUGACUUCUUUAAAUAUGAGAUCUUCCUAGUAUUUUUGAAUACAUGAAUGAAUAAAUCCUUUUGACAAUGA